AUGGUGACCUACAAUAUGGACAGCCACCACCAUUUGCAUCACCAGCCGCGAAUGAACCGGCCGGCGCGGCGCGGUUCCAGCGUUUCGUCCGGUUUCCGAUUGCUAAGCGCUGACCAGCUGGACUCAAUAUCCAGUGUGAGUCGCAACUCAAUCUACAAGCUGCGGAUCGAUUCGAUGUUCGACGACACAAGAUCGAUAAUCAGCCAACGACUCGAUGAUCGUGGCUCGUUGAACUUGGGCGUACCUGCUGGAGGUCGUCGUCGGUCUUCCUCGAUGCACGGACCGGGUUCGGUCCACAGUGGUGCUGGAAGAAUUGGCAUCGGCUCGAAGGCGAUUGUUAACGAUCGCGACAAUCUAGACAUCAGUGGUCUGGCAAACAACCUUCGCGACCUGCACAGUGGAAGCAGUGGCACCAGCCAUGGCAGCCACCGGGAGACCAGCAACUGCGUUCAGGCGCAGAUCGAAAAGAUGUUCCAUGAAGUUGCCAAGGAAGAGGGGAGCGAUGGCAGCUUGUCGGCUACGGCUGCGUCUACUGCAGCGGCCAUUAACGGGCAGAUCUUUUCCGUGCGGUGUCUCGGAUCGCUGCCACUGAAGGACAAAGUCACCAGCCUGGUCGGACUACAGGAACCACUGUGGCAGCUGUACCUGAGUGGUGCCGGACAUGGGAAUCAGAACGCCGGCACACUAGACAUCAGCACCAUCGGACUGCGAGUGAAAGCCACCAACGGUCGAGAGCCUAUGAUCACACCCUUUCAGAAUAUAGCCGUUUGGUCCGCCGUAAAGUUCGUAGUUUCUUCGUCCGAAGGUGGAGCAGCGUUUCUACCACUGAUUACGGAUCCGGAAAACAUAGACAAGCGAGCGCUUUUCCGACCAAUAAGUAGCGCCUCGGAUAAGCGUAGACUGUCAUCCGGACUCCAUUCGCCAUUGUUUGCGAUCGUUAUGCGUUCCAGCACGAUGCCACGACAGCUCGAGUGCCACGGAUUCGUUUGUCAAACCCCGGAAGAUGCAAUUGUCAUUGCGGCAACUCUCUAUCAGAGCCUGAUGGCUCACAUGAGCACUGGGGAGAAUCCACGAUCCCGGCGACCUAAGAACCGCAAUGGAGUUAGCUGUAUGAGCAUUGCCAGCAGCGUAGCGACCACCAAUUUGUAUCUUCCACCGGGCUCCACCAAAGCCUCGACACGACGGUCAAGUGCCAGUCAACGAAGUAUGCUUCCUCCACCACCUAGACCACCGCGAAAGACGAAACGUACUGCAACGAGCUCGCUGAGUGGCGAAAGUGACACAAUGACCGGACCCAACGAAGAAUCGUCGACUGAAGAACGCAAAAAACGAUCGCCGAAAGGAAAACGACCACCACCACUGCCAGCGAAUCCACCAAGAGCAAUAAUUCGACCAUCGUUGGAUGAAAUCUACACCGAUCGUAGUCAUUCGAAUGAUGACAAUCCGACCCUUUCCAAGGGUGGUGGCGAAGGUAACUAUCCAGCACUAUCCGAGUGCUCCGGUGGAGACAUUCUGACGCGGGUUGCCAUUCCUCGUUCCGGAAGCUUCUUGAAUACAGCUGGCUUAACACGGUACAAAUCGCGUGCGACCAGGCGGCACACUGGCAAAGUCGGCGGCGGUGGAGGAUCGCCGCUGGGAUUCAGCGAACUGUUCAACGAGUUCCGGCUGCAGGAGAACCUUCAUUCGCUGGACGAUAUCCUCAAUGCCAUAAUCAACUCGGACGGAAUGUCGUUCAACGACCUGAAGCCGAUCUACAAGGAAUUUUUGCUCAAGCUGGCCGUUACGUUGACCAAGGAUGAGCUCUACCAGCGCUCCAAAAGCAUCAUGCGACGCCAGAAGAAGAAAAAGUUGAAGCGAAAGAACAGUAACGCACAGAACUCACGGCGCAAACUGUUAUUCGGUGCCAAGGGACUGAAGAAGGUAUUCCGGUUCGGGAAAUUUCGGAACAAGAAGUCUAUCGCCCGAACGGCCGGAUCUUCCGGCGGGGAGUACAACGGGAGCUUUAUCGAUGACGAUGGUUCGCUACAGCCCGUCGAUGGACGACCAUCCAAGCAGCAGCUGGCUGCCUCCUCCGAUCAGCUCUCCUUGGAUCUUAAAACGACCGAUAAGAAGGAUCGAUCAAGAAUUGGAACAAGCGGUUCUGAGGUUUCAGAAGCUCGACAUGAACAUACGCUGACGGCGCAUCACAACCGGAAUAGCUCGAGCGGAUAUGUGUCUUGCUCGGAAUGUAGUUAUGACUCGGAUGCUUGUACCUGCACUUCUGCGGAUCGCUGCUAUUGCAGCCUAGGAGGAGAUGACAUCAACGCCAAGCUCAACGAAGCAAGCAACAGAAACUCACUUCCUAGCUGCAAAAGCGAUGAUAAAUGUUACUGUUCCAUGGGAGAAACACAGGAAGAAGGAUCGACGACUUGGUGUGACACGGACAGCUGCGUCAGUAACGAAAAGUGCUAUUGUGCUCCGCGCAAUGACGAAAUACAAAAAUGUGCCAGCAAACCGGUGACUGCCGACAAAAAUGCUGCCGAUAAACUAGCCUUGGACUAUGAACUGUUCACCGUAGGAGGUAACGGACGUCCAAUUGAUGCAUCAGAAGCUCUUAGCGUGAAGAAGACGGUAGAAGUAGCGGCCGUCUUCGCUGACGUUCAACUGAGCCAGACAACAGACAUUACGGAUCUGAAAAACGGUCAACAACAUCAGUCCCAGUCGGAACAACAACAACAGCCAUCUCAGCCACAGAACCAGCAGCAUCAGAAGCAUCAGCAACGUUCACAAGACUCGUCCAUCAAAAAGCAUGCAACCAAGGGAGACCACCAUGGUCAUAACCAUCACCAUACACACAACAGCAACAGCAACCACAGACGACAUGGCGAAGGCAACAAACGUGGCAACAAGCCUGUCCAUAAGUUGCUCAAUAAAAAGGCCCUGGCAGAACCGACCACGAUCAACGAGUAUCAUUAUGUACAAUCGUCACAGAACGACGUGGCCACGCGGAAACAGCUUGGUGACAAGAGAUCAUCGAAACGUUCGUCGAAACCAGAAAAUCACUAUCAAGCAAUGGGGCAACGCGCUGCUGUGGGCUCUGCAUUAGGUUUAGAAGACUCUCUCGGUUAUCUACCGUAG